UCGGACGCCCAGCCCGGAGCCAGCAGCGGCUGCCGCGACGGGGAGCCAGGUUGGGGUCCCGGCAGCCAGCCGCGUCGCCAUGAGCUCCCAACCUCGUCGCAUUCGUCUGAAGCCCUGGUUAGUGGCGCAAGUGAACAGUGGUCAAUACCCGGGUCUGUACUGGGUGGAACCUGAGCGGAAACGCUUCUGCAUCCCCUGGCGCCAUGCCACGCGGCACAUCCCCAGCCAAGAAGACGAGAACACCAUUUUCAAGGCCUGGGCCAAAGAGACCGGUAAGUUCAAUGAAGGAGUGGACGAACCGGAUCCUGCCAAGUGGAAAGCCAACUUGCGCUGUGCCCUCAACAAGAGCCGCGAGUUCAACCUCAUCUACGAUGGGACCAAGGACACCCCCAUGCAGCCUUACAAGAUCUACGAGGUUUGCGACGUGCCGCAGCCCAACGGAGAGACUUUUGUCGGAGAUGAACCUGCUGGAGGUGAAGAAGAGGAGGAGUUACAGAAGAUGAUGCCCACGUUGAGGAUUGCAGACUCUGGCCACGGCGUGGAGCCGCUCCCUCCCUACCCGUGGCUGAAGCAAGAGAUCCCCUACUCCAGCUCUUGCGGCAACGGGUCUUUCCCACACUUGGGGCCUCCAGAUGUCCCCGGCAUGUCUCCGCCUCCUCCCCCCGUCGGACCUCCCUCGGCAUUCGCAGUAGGACGGGAGCCCACAGCGCCAAACUUUGCCGAAACUGCCGACCAGAUGCGGCUAGCAUCCCUCGUCCCUGGGGCUGUGGAGCCUUUGCCCCAGGCCGCCUGCCCUGUGGCACCCAUGGAGCAGUUCAUUCCCAGCUUGCUGAUCAGCCCCCACAUGCUACCACUGACGGACCUCGACAUCAAGUUCCAGUACCGGGGCCGCUCCGUGGGCAACCUGACGAUCAGCAACCCGCACGGCUGCCGCCUUUUCUACAGCAACUUGGAGCCUACUCAGGAGCAGGUGGACCUCUUUGGGCCGUUGACGCUGGAGCAGGUGCGCUUCCCCAGCACGGAGGCCGUGCCCAGCGAGAAGCAGCGCUUCUACACCAACCAGCUGCUGGACGUCUUGGAUCGGGGCCUCAUCCUGGAGCUGCAGGGCCAGGACAUUUACGCCAUCCGCCUGUGCCAGUGCAAAGUGUUCUGGACCGGGCCGUGUGCCGGGGAGCUGGCCGGCCCCAACCCCAUCGAGCGCGAGAAGAAAAUCAAGCUCUUCAGCUUGGAGAGUUUCCUCAACGGACUCAUCAUGUUCCAGAAAGGACAGAGCACCGUGCCUCCACCCUAUGAGAUUUUCUUCUGUUUUGGAGAAGAAUGGCCGGACCACAAGCCAAAGGAAAAGAAGCUGAUCACAGUCCAGGUGGUCCCGGUAGCUGCCCGCCUUCUCUUGGAAAUGUUCUCUGGGGAACUGUCCUGGUCAGCUGACAGCGUCCACCUCCAAAUCUCGCACCCGGAUCUCAAGGACAAGAUGGUGAAGCAGUUCAAGGAACUGCACCAGCUCUGGCAAACGCAGCAGAACAUCCAGCUCCAGGCCUUAGAGCCGACAGGGCCAGACACGUGGCCGAUGCAGACCAACGCCGCUGACCAGAUGCACCACUGAAGGGCACACGGGGCAGUCUUGCAGUCACCAGCAUGGCACUGGGGCAUCCUGUGGUUAGGCUGGACUCGGCAGGAACCCCCUCUUCUGAGCCGCGCACAGUGAAGCCAUUUGACAGAAGCUGUAGGCCGAGGGCUGAAGUGCUAUUUCCAGCUAUUCUAAAAGGAUAAAAGAGGCAGCUGGAAGGGGGGAAGGGAGAAGCAGGAGAAACUUGUGGGAGCCGGUAGGCUGGUCUUGUGCUCAGAACUGCACAGCCCAUCCCUUACCCUGCUGUCUCCUAAAAGCAGACAAGUUUGCUAGAUGUCAAAAUUGCCAUGUUGGACUAUUCCUCUGCUUCCAAGAGGGGACAGCCAGGUGGUCCAAGGAAGCCCUUGAGGAGGACUUGAAGGCGAGAGCUCAUUCUAGCGACGUGAGAAGCAGAAACCUCGCGGAGGGCAGCAGCUGGACUUGCUUGCCGAGGAGGAGCUCGUGCCCAGGGGCUGCUGCCGUCCCUAGUUUGUGUUACAGAGUGACUAAAAAGCCUGGAUAGAAAGGAGGCUGGGGGAGAGGGACUUCAGAAGCCACGCGGCCUUCAGCCCUCUUCUCCCUGCCCCCCUCCUUCGGUUGGUGCAGGCAGCAGCCCCCUCCCACCCCUUUUGGAGACACUGACCCUGCAAACUGUCUAAAGUAGCCCACCCCUCUGGCCCAGACCUCGAUGUGCCCACGGACUCCCUGCACAACAGGCGCCGAAUGAACGUUUGGAAACAAAAACCACCACGUUGCUAGUCCUUAUGAAUGGGAGGAAGCUGUGCUUGCCAAAGUAGAGCACGCUGGAAUUUUACGAGUCAGGGAGGCCUUUGAGGAGCUAUUGAGCAGUCAGGUGUGGAGGGGGGGGGGCAGUUCAUUCACUCUCGUUUUCAACCAGUGUUUGCCAGAGGGGAUCUGACUCUUGCCUCCUCCCCUGCCUCCAGUGGUUUUCUUACAGACCAAUACUGCUUUUGGAAGUGGAUUAAGAUGCUUUGGAGCAGAACAGUGUUAUAAGGCAAGACAGCUGUGUGGUUUUAUCCCCAACUGUGUAUAGUCUAUUUGAAGGACAAAGACAGACACACACCCCUUCCCUACCCUACGUAGUUAUGGAUGUGGAUACUCCGUCCUAUCACGGUCGGUCUGCCCGCCCGCCCUCUGCGACCUCUUUCCCUGCCUGGUGUCACUAGAUUAUGCUGUGGAAUGUAUAACGUGUGCAAAUGGGAGCACUUCCGAGUGCAGAAAUUCAGGGCUUCUUUUGCAGGCUGGGGAGUCACAGCGGUGCACCGAAGGAGAAAGGACAGCCUGCUGCUAUUCUUCAAGCUUGGGGAUUGUGGCCCAAGAAUGGAGAAGGCUGCUCAUGGCCGGGGAUUUGAGCAGUCUGGUGCAGAGGCUGUGAAUUCUCUCGCUCUUACAUGCAGCUGCCUCAAUGCACAGGGCUGAAGGGAAGAUUACAGCUCUAACCCCCUGUCCCUGCUAGAGUCAGACUGCAAAUUCCACCAGGCCCAGCACGGAGGGCAGGGCAGCGGCACCCUGAUUUUUCCCCUUGGACAUUCUGGGUCAGGCCCAGCCGAAACACGCCACCCUCAGCCACAGAAGCCAGGAGGGCCAAGGUUCCCUCCACCCACCGACAGAUUCAGGCAGCUGCCACCAAUAGCUACAGAACUCGAGUUCCGCCUGGACUCAGGCCUGGAGCAUGCUGGCCUUAUCUGUGAAAUAAAAGCAAUGACUACUUU